UUAAUUCGUUAUACUUAUUCCACCGUGGUCAAAUGCGAUAAAAUUUCAAUUCAAUCAAAAUAAUAUCAACAUUUGGUACGAGACCAGUGUAUAAGUAAUGGUGUAUUAGAUCGGACUUGAGUACCUUACUAAAGUACAAAAGCGUAUGUGUUUAAAUCGACUAUUAAUAAGGAAAUAAGUAAAAGAAAAUUGCAAAAAUAAUAGAAAAGUUUGUCCUAAGGCACGGCCCUUGUGCACUGAUUCAUUGCCCGCGUAAUUUCGUCGGCUCGCCUGAUUAUACUGACACACGUGCGUGCGAAAGCAAAUUUAGAGCAUCCUGUUAAUCCUUUGUGGUCAGUAGGAGUUAGUACGGCAAGCGGUCAGCACAUCCAUUGUUGUGCCCUUCAUAACAAAAGACAGUCUACUCUGGUUCCGAACAGCUAUUGAUACUGAUUUGGGUCAAACUUGAAUAACAAGGUUACAACGCUACUAUGGAUUUCAGACUGACAAUGCUCUUCUGUUUCUUUGUGAUCGCGAUCGUGUCAGCGCUUCCCACAGAACACGACUCAGGGCUUCGGGAAAAGCGUGACGUCAUGGAUUCCAUGAAAAAUGCCUGGGGUGAGGUGGUGAAGACCCUGAGCGAUGCAGGCGACGCGGUAGUACAUGUCUUCAAGCCCACAGAGAAGAGCGUCAUUGACAAAAUGGCAGACGGCAUCAAGGGUCUCGCGCAAUAACCAGUUCCCGCCGACAUCUAGACGUUACGUAAAAACGAGUAUUGGUUAAUAUAGUGGCAUAAGUUGGUCGUAAAUACUCCCGUCUGCAUCUAACGAUUUAAAAUAAAUUAAGAUAAUUGUUUCUUCAACUAAAUUAAUUGUUUGGAAACCUUUGUAGGUAUGUUCCAUCCUAUACUAAUGGACAUUAAUUAACCAACUUAUUUCUAUAAUAUUCAACUGUGUAUUUAAUUAUUUUUU